AUGGCACUUUUUCUCUUCGCUAGCCGCCUGCUGUCCAUUGCCCCCGCCCUCGCCUGGGGCUGGCCCUCGGCACUACUGCUGCUUGAUGGCGUGAUAUCGAGCUUCGUCGAAGGCCGCCGCUGGGGCUUCUCGGAGACCGCCUCCGCCCUGGCGUGUAUAUGGUGCUCCGCCGCCGGCUACCUUUCCUUCUUCUUCACCGACUGUCUCAUGUCGAGAUGGUUGAUCAACUACACACCCCAGGCGACCAUUGUUCGCCUUUUGACUAUUAAUGCCGUUAAUGCCUAUUUGACGUCCAGCAUUCUCGCCCUUAUUGGCGGGUUUCACGACAGCCGACUCCUACUCCCUGGCUGGAUAGGCAUCGCAACGAUGCUUACGAUACUCUACCACAUCACCCAUCAACAAAUAACGAUACGCAAAGAAACCUCCACCUCGAUUAACGUCUUCUCCAUAGCCAGCUUCCUCUCCAUGGUUGCUCUCCUCGCCCUCCUUUAUUCACAACAACACCAUCCUGACUUCCCGAAAUACCCCUCCUCUCAAAGGCUCGCACGCUCGUAA